ACCCCCUCGGUAUCCACACACCGAGCAGAGACUCUCUGGAUGUCAGUCACUUUCAGCGAACAGACGGUAAUCCCCCACCUCAUCCACCCCACCCCUCUCCAAACAGCAGCAACCGGAGGCAGGAGGGGGGCAAAACCACACGGGACACCUGUACACUACCGGAUGCCUCCCCUUCUGAUUUCUUUCACUUUCGCUCCCAGAAUAAGCGGCGGAUUUGCGCUUUAAACCGCGGAUUCAUCCAGCAGCAGCUCGCAGGAGGUCCGCGGAUGGAGACGCGCUUUGAAGGCGGAGGUCUGCUGGUGUUCACGUAGCAGCGGCUGCAGGGUCGUGCCGCAUUGUCCGGCCGCUUCGAGCGACGCUCGGGGAGACGGGGAUGCUGCCGUCGUCAGUGAGUCACAGAUCGGGAGAGAAAGCGCGGAGCGGCUUUGACAUGGAGGCGAGCGGCUGUCGCUCAGGCCACCCGGAUCAGCAGCAGUGAGUGGCCCAUAUGCAGAAAAUGCAUCACAGAAUGAGAGCAGCGGCGGCGUCUGUGCCAGUUCAGGGUGGAUUACGUGUUCAGAGCAGCAGGCCUCCAUCUGAAGUCAGCCACUGAUCACUAAACGCUCUCCGUCCACUUCCCUGCCCUGUUGCUCAGCUGGUUCACCAGAACCCCCCACGGAGGGACAGCUGUUGCAAACAAUGACUCACCUGCAGGCUGGCCUCUCUCCGGAGACCCUGGAGAAGGCCAAGGUGGAGCUGAAGGAAAACCCGGAGACUCUCCACCAGGACAUCCAGGAGGUCCGGGACAUGAUCAUCACCCGGCCGGACAUCGGCUUCCUCAGGACAGACGACGCCUUCAUCCUCAGAUUCCUCAGGGCGAGGAAAUUCAACCACUUUGAGGCGUUCCGGCUGCUGGCACAGUACUUCGAGUACAGGCAGCAGAACCUGGACAUGUUCAAGAACCUGAAGGCCACCGACCCGGGCAUCAAGCAGGCUCUGAAGGACGGCUUCCCGGGAGUCCUCUCCAAUCUGGACAAAUACGGCAGGAAGAUCCUGGUCCUGUUUGCAGCCAACUGGGACCAGAGCAGAUACACGUUUGUGGACAUCCUGCGAGCCAUCCUGCUGUCUCUGGAGUCCAUGAUCGAAGACCCGGAGCUGCAGGUGAACGGCUUCAUCCUCAUCAUCGACUGGAGCAACUUCACCUUCAAGCAGGCCUCCAAGCUGACCCCCAGCAUGCUGCGGCUGGCCAUCGAGGGGCUGCAGGACAGUUUUCCUGCGAGGUUCGGAGGAAUCCACUUUGUGAACCAGCCCUGGUACAUCCACGCCCUCUACACGGUCAUCCGACCCUUUCUCAAAGACAAGACCAGGAAAAGGAUUUUCAUGCACGGUAACAACCUGAACAGCCUCCACCAGCUGAUCCACCCGGAGAUCCUGCCGUCAGAGCUGGGUGGGAUGAUGCCGCCGUACGAUAUGGGGACGUGGGCGCGCACGCUGCUGGACCACGCCUACGACGAGGAGACGGACUACUGCCCAGAGUCCUACACUCUGUCGGUGCAGGACCUGGAGAGAGACCUGGAGAAAAACAUGUCCCCAAAGACCAUGAAGAGGUCUCAGUCGGUGGUGGAGCCAGGAGUCCUGAAGAGACCCGACAAGGUGAAGAGUGAAGAAGACAACCUGCAGCCGCUGCUGUCGUUGGACUAAACACCCAAAGUUACAGCAGAGAAGCAGAAAUAGAUCAAUAUUUCAGUUCCUAAGAACCUACCUGUGCACAUACUGGAAGCAACUCUCAUCCUGCAGAAAGACGUUCCUUCAAACUUUACGGAAAGCAGCAGGAACACGUCCAGAAACCGACGAGCUUCUGAUGGUCCUCUAUACAGUAUAUUUAUUUAUGUAGUUUCAUGUCAAGUGCCAAUUCCAGAAACUGUAAAUAUGAAGUCUUUAAACAAUCCAGAGCGGAGCAGGGAAGGCUGGUCUAAAACCGACGUGUGGAGGUAACGGUUCCCACGGUUACUACAGGAGGAUGGAUGUGUGAAAACUGCAAAGCAUAUUUCAAAGAGGGCUUCAGGCUUUUUGAUAUCUUUCUGAAGAAAAACUCUGCACACGGACAAGAAGGGGGCCGCAGAAAAACAGACACUGCUUGUUUUCUUGUAAGAUUUUUCCAAUGACAAUAAUGUCUAAAAUUUCCGUCUCUCUCCAGUUAUCUUUUGGAAAAGCAAACCUCCCUUUACGGUAAGAGUUGUCUCAAUGAAUCAUCGGCUUUUUUCCCUCUUUCAGCCAUUUUCUCUCCAUCUGACCCAGAUGUCACAGAAAACUGCUCUGCUCCACCAUUAGAAGACCCACAGAGCCGCAGGCUCUCUUCCUCAGAAGAAGUCGUAUUUUCAGAACCUAAUGGGUGUAGCCACUAAAAACAGGGCUAAAUAUAAUUUUAUAAAAGCAAAGUUCUUUUGCUUUGUGGCACUUUUUGUGUUGCAAGGUGGGAAAUCUUUGGGUGAUAAUGUUCAUCCAAAAAAAUCAAUUAAUCACUGAAUAGCUGCAGUUUAACUUUCACUUCAGGGUAAAGGUUUUUUCACUAUGUAAGAUUUAUAGAAAUAGAUGUAAUAGAGUGCACCAUUUCUUUUGCUUCUGCAGGAAAUCACAUGUACAUAAUGCAGCAAAUGGCUCUGCAGGUUUAAUGGCUCAUGUUAAAAAAAUAUAUAUAUUUAUUGUUUUUAAUUUAAAAUUUGCAACCAAUCCACACAUCAAUUUAGCUUUCACUUUUACGAGUAUAUAUAUUUUUAAAUUUCUGUGUCUGGUUUGAUUUCAGGCUUUGUAAUUCAAACAUGUCAGCUAGUUCUCACUCUAAACGUCUCCUAUUACAAUAGUGUUAUAAUCAAUAAACAAUACUCCACUUAAGAGUUUAAUUUUAGACAGAUAUUCAUCUAUUUGGACCAUUAUCACAUACAUAUUAUGAAUUAGGGCCAUUGCAGACAGAAAAAAGAUGGAGUACAUUUCUGCCAAAUAAAAAACUUCAAAAUGUUCAACUUUUGAAACUCAAAAAGUUCCCACAUUUUUUCUAUGUGGUCCAAAUAAACCAUCGUAGAAAUCUGAGUUUUUUCUCAGAACUCUGACUUUUGAUCACAACAUUAAAGCCAAAAUUCUGACAAAUAAAAGUAAAAAAAAGAAUUCUGAGAAAAAUAAUCAUUCAUUGAUUUUUUUCAUGAUUCAGAAAACAUCAAAAUGUCCCCAAAAAAUCCAAAUGAACUAAACUGGAUGUUUAGUUUGUAAUGUUGCUGACAGAAACUCUCCUCACCUGCAGACAUUCCAAACUGCAAUAAAGUCUCUCGUUAGUAAAUGUAGGUUACAGACACAGACAAUAAUAAAUGAUUUAUGUCAGAACUUUCUUUUUUUAGCUAUGUAAACACAAUGAGAGAAAAACUCAAACAUAUUCCAAACAGUUUGGACAUUUAUUUUCUGUAAAAAGACCUUUAAGUACUUAGAGUUUAGGUUAAAUUUUAUAUUUAGAGUACAGAUGUUAUAAUUAGUGAGAUUUUUUAUUUAAAUUGCUACUGCAUAGACAAGAUAGAAGCUUUAACUCAGCAUUUGCUCCACCCUGUUUUUUUAUUUUUAGAGUUUAUUGAAAUGCAUCCGGCUCUGAUGGAGUUUGAUAAACCGCUGUUACAGUUUCUCCACAUCAGGCGAAUGAAGUGCAAAGCUUCAACCAGUGAAUGUCAGCAGAGUCUCUCCGGCUGGGAAACGGGCAGCCGGGCGGGUCCAGUGCGGUCCGCUCGGAGGCAGAGAGCGUCAGGUGUCCGGCUGAACGCGGAGCGACAGCUGGGAUGUUCAACCAGCAGACGCUGCUCAGCAUCAGCCGCGCUGAGAGCAGCCAGGCCUCCUGAUCCGCUGCUAAAUCACAGACAAUAACCAGCCGCUCUGAGGUUCACACUUUCAUUCACUGAAUUUAUAAUCAGUUUGUCCCUCUGAGCAAAAAGCUGCUCAAAAUUUGUAAUAAUUUGACUCUGACGGUUCCUGCAUGAAAAAAAAUUUGACGGUGUAUUUUUCACAAUGAAACAUUUCACACUUAUUUACAUUUUUUUACAUAAAAUUAUACAAAUUUGAGAUUAUAAUUUUCUUUCUGGUCCACCUCAAGUAUGAGGGUAAUAUGAAGAAUAUCUUGAUGCGAAGAUUUACAGUAGGUCUAAAAGUUUCAAAUCUUUUUAAUGCUAAAUUUACUUCAAAUUCCUGUAAAAAAAAAAUUAUUUGUCAUUUCUUCCCCUAAAUUUACAUGUUGGAUUAUCAAUUUGCCUCUACAGAAUCCCAAUCACUGCCACUUAGAGGUAUUAAAACUUUGGAGCUUCAGCAGCCAAUACAGUCCUGCUUUCACCAGAGAUUUACAGAAAAUAAAUACAUUUUGGAAACCAUUUCAUGACGUUAAGCAGCCAUUUUUAAAAAUGAGUCAUGCUAAAUUUGGCUGCCUGCAUCACUGAGGAUGUGGCUGAAAUAUAAUAGAAAUUAUACUAACAACAAGAAUCAAUCUAAGUUUAGACAUGAAUAUUGAUCAUUUAAUAGUUUUUGAUCUGGACCUCAGUCUUCAUGCUAUUAAACUAAUUGGUAAAUCCACUUUUUAAGAGAUGUAGCUAAUAUUUUGAAAUUGACAUUUUUGGGCCAUAAGGAGUUUAAUCUGAUUUAAUCAAAGUUUAUGUUUGGGGUAUAAAGUUUCUAUAAAGAACAUAAAUCUCCUCUAUAAAUUGGGUAAAAUUGUUAACAGUUUUGAAUGAAUUUAAGGAAGAAACACUUUAAGCUAUAAACUUAAACAGUUAACAUUUAUUUCACCAGCUGUUCUAGUCAAAUGUUGUUUAAUGAUCCAGCCAAAUAUAUUCUGGUUUAAAAAGAGGAACGCUUCCUGUUUUGUUAAUAUUAAUCUAGUUUAAGUUUUAGAGUUUUUUGCAAAAAAAAUGCAAAAUAAUCUCAAAAUGAAUCAGGUCCACUAACGGGCAAAAUCUGAAUCUGAGAAAAUGUAACAAUCCUUCACAGAAGCUACCAGGUGCUUAGACUUUAUUUUCUGCACAUAAACAAACACCUUGGAUGUAUUUUUUCAAACAGCAUGGUGGAGGUCAGAGGUCAUGAGGUGUAAAGACAAACAGGGACACACACUCUCACACACUGUCACACACACACUGUAGAUGCUUCCAGUUGUUGGGAUUAAACGUUUACAUGAACUAAACAUGUACACUGCUUGAAUAUCGCUCCACUCCGAGAACUCAGAGCCUCCUGCUGCUCCACCGAAGGUUUCUAAGGUUACAGUGACAGAAGUGAAUUUCACUGGUUGACAGUAUUUAACAGAUGGUUAUACAGAAGAUCUUUAAUUUUACAGAAAGAAAUGUCUUUUCUGGUAAUUUCUCACUGAACAUUUAAUAUUUUUUGAUGUUUAUUUUGUCAGUAUUUUUAUGGAAAUUGCUAAUGUUUAUUAUUAAAAUGUCAGAUGUGUGCUUUUUAAACUGUAAGCAGUCUGAAAUAAGUUUCAUAUGUAAGAAAUUCAGCAUUUUGAAUGUUUUUCUACAUGAUGUUUUUUCUUUUUAUCCCAAAGUUUUCAUCAGAAUUUUAAACCUUAAAAAAAAAAUUUUAAAUCUAAAAACCACCUAAGAUGCCACCCUGGAGGUUCACAGAUCUUCAUACACAUUUACCAAAACAUUUUAGAUCUUUACAAUGCACUAUAUCAUAAAAAGUAACAGCAGUCUUUAAAAACUACGUUUUGUAAUUUAUUUUAUUAAAAAAUGUGCAGCUCAGCUUAUUUUCUCCUGAAAAUAUACAGCGUCGUCACAUUUAGUCACACCUGAAAAAGAUUUGUGUAAAUGACUAAAAUUAACUUUAGAUUGCAGAAGCUAAAUCUGACAUUUUUCUGUCUGAUUUCAGAAUCUGAAUUAUCUGGUCAAAUUGUGCCCACAGAAUAAGAAAGAAGACAAUCCAUCCCAGUGCAGCAGAUGUGUGUUUGUCUCCAUAAGCCAGAAAAUGUUACAAAAAAACUAAAGUUAGCAAACAGUUGCAAUUUGAGAAAAAAAAUAAAAGUUUUUGUGCAAGGAUGAGGUGGUUUUCACAUCGUAUCGAAAUUAGUGUAUUUCAUAAAACUCUAAUGGAAACUUUUUUUUUUCAACCAGAUGUUACUAAUGGUGGAAAAGACAAAAGAAGAAGACAGGAAGUAGUUGGAGGAUGAUGGAGUGGUGUAAUCUUUACUGACUUAUUGCGUAAACAAACAUAUUCACACAAUUGCAAAAUUAUUGAUAUUCCACAAGAACACAAAGUUUUGAGUACAUUUGUAAUGAAAAUACAGCCGCUGUUUCUAAAACACAGGAACCUCCAGGAUGGUAACUGAUGUGGUUUGCAUCUUUUGUUUUACUCAAGCUAAUCAGUAAACCAGACACAGCGCUGAAGCUUCUCUUGUUUGAAGUAUUUCUUAACUCGCCUUCUAUCAGUAGGUUUGUUUUCAGUGACAUCCAGUAAAGUAAAUCCUCCUGGCUUUUAUGAACUUGAGUUGAAUAACUUUCCACUGAUUUAAUCAUCUUUUUUCCCCGAUUUAAAGCUUCCAGCAGGGACAACUCUCUGCAUACAGCCUGCUUAAUGAAGAUUUGGGAUUCAUUCCUUCUUUCUUCUGCUCUCCAUCACGCUCUUGUUACUCAGUAUUUUGUAAUAAUCGAUAGUCUGUAAGCGGUUUAAUUCUCACUGACUUUGAAUUGUGUUAUGUCUCUGCCAAAGCCACUUGUUCCACUGAGAAUCUAAUGUAUUGUUUCUGAUCAUUAAGUAUUUGUGCACUGAUGACAUUGAAUGAUCUUUUCUUACUGAUUGGUCAUUUCUUGAGGAGAAAAGAAACGAAUGCAUAAUUUUGAGUUUACUCACUUCUUCUUUUCUCACAGUUUUUUGAUUGUAUAGUUGCAGUAGGAAAACCACACUGAAGCAGAAAUGUGAAGUUAUUAUGGAAAGCCAGUAUAUUAUAGGAGCAAAAACUGUCCAGUUAGCAGGUGUUCUGUGUGUAAAUGUCCUCAAAGACAAUUUGCUGAAAUGUAAAAUGAUCAAAAUAAAUAUGGACAUGCAGAUUUUCUCA